AUCUCUUAUUGUUAUUAAUUGACGUGUAGCGCAUCGAAAAGAGAUAAAGGUUUAGCGGUUCAGCCGUGUUCGCGUCCGUCUGCGUUGGCUUUUGCACGUUCGUUCGUUUUUUUGUUUGUUUGCGUUUGCCCAUCGGCUUUGGCGUUUAAGCGUUUCACGUUCGUACGUCAUUGUGAGUUUGUCGAUGCUCGUGCACGUUGUGUUUGCCAUUCGUACGAUCGUGUGACGCGUAAACGCCGCAAAAUCUUAUUUUGCACUCGAUCGUUUUGGACUUGCGUUUAUUGCGCCCUCGGUUUAGAGUCCGACGUCGUCGAGCUCCGCGUUCUUACGUUUUGUUUUCGCCCGUGGUGACGGCGUUGGAUCGAUCGUCGUGGGACAUUCGGCGCAUCCGGCGAUACAGAAUGCCAAAAACAAAGAAAAAAACCAUUAAUGAUAAAAAACGAUGCACAUCAAAAAAAACCGUUUCAAAAAGACAGCAUAAAUCUGUUUUCAAAUUUGAUAUAAAAAAAAUUUUGGAAAAGAGAUGGGAUGAAGGAAUCAAGCUUUUGAUACAAGAUGCUGAAUCUAAUAAAGAAAUGAUAGUUAAGAAUGACUUAUCUCAGUUGUAUAAAGAAAAUGUAAAUCAGACUAUUAAUUUUGAAGAUGACAAUACACUUCCUCAUGAAUUAAUAAAUUUGGAUCAUGUUGUGUCUGAUCACUCUAAUUAUAAUAUACCCUUUAAUGACAAUUCAAUCGCUGAAUCUGAUAAAGAAAUGAUAGUUAAAAAUGACUUAUCUCAGUUGUAUCAAGAAAAUGUAAAUCAGACUAUUAAUUUUGAAGAUGACAAUACACUUCCUCUUGAAUUAAUAAAUUUGGAUCAUGUUGUGUCUGAUCACUCUAAUUAUAAUAUACCCUUUGAUGACAAUUCAAAUGCUGAUUCAACAGAAUUGUGUACACAACGCUUCAAAAUUAUGUCACUUGAAGAAAAUGAAGUUGUAGCCAAAAUUCAUUUUAACCAUUUAAUGAAAGCAAAUUGGUCACCAGAAUUUGAUGAUGUCCGUAAAAUUUUGUACAAAUGGCGACCUGAUUUGGAUACUCCAACUAGUCCAUCAUUAGAACAUCAAAAAGUUAAACGGCAUAAUUUUGAAUUAGUAAUAAAUUUCAUACGGUACAAUAUACUUAAAAAUGAUAAAAAAUUUAGUGUUGCUCAGCUGCUAGAGAUAGCAAAUUUUAUUGUCACAAUAUAUUUUGAUCCUCUAUUUGGACAAAUGAUAAAUGUGAUUAAAAUAUUAUUUAGUGCUUGUAUUGAAACAGCAUUAGAAGAAGACAAUGAUAACACUAUUAUAGCGGUUGCUCAAGAUAUAUAUUCAAAACACAAUAAAGAUGAUUUAUUAAAUAUGACAGUGGAUUUAUUUUUACCUUUAAAAGGACAAAUAAUGAAAAAAAUGUAUACCUACUUAACAUACAAACUAUUCAAGUCACUUUUAGAAAAAACGGAUGAUAUGAGUUCAUUUCCAUCUUGCAUCAAAGAAUGGUUUGUACAAGAUCUUGUGGCUAAGAAUUAUUUCAAUAAAAAUGAAAAUAAUAUAUUAUGCAGUGUUAUUCAAUUGUUAGAGCAUAUUGUGGUUAUAUUUGAUUUGUAUAAAGAAGAAGAAAAACUAAAUGAUAUGUAUAAUUUUCUAUGCACUGCAAUCAAAUCAACUGGAUUGUCGGAUCCAAGAUUCGUUAAUAUUUUGGACCAAUGGAGGUUGCGGUUAUUCCGUUUAUACGUCAACCGUCAACUAGUUCUAAAUAAUGAUUUGUGAUACUACAAAUGAAAAAAUAUUAAUAUUAAUUUAUAAGUAAAUCUUAAAUAUACUUAAUUCUUUAUAAUUUUUUUUUUUUUUUGUAAAAUCCCAUUUACAUGUUCUUAAAAUUUUGGUACAUAAAUUUUUAGUGUUGCUUUGAUUUUAAAUUUUGUUUAAGAUAAUUGUACUACGCUUCACUCUGUAUUAUUUAACUCACAAUGUUUUGAACAGCAAAUUAAAA